AUGCCGCGAAACAUGUACCCAGACGACGCGGCGAGGAAGAACCGCGGGUUCUUGGGCUUCGACAGCUCUGCUCUGCCCCCAAGAGACCUACAGGACCGCCAGCAGUUACGCUAUGAGCUGGACCUGAAUUCCUGGAACCUGAGAAUCUGGGGUGUUGCUGCUUCCGGGUUCCUCACUGAUUCUUAUAACCUAUUCGCGAGCAACGUCAUCUUGACAUCGAUCACCUUCGUCUACUUUCCCGAUCAAAGGUGGCCUGGCCUCGUCAUAAACCUCUUCACCCUCUUCGGCUCGGUGUGUGGCCAGAUACUUUUUGGGUAUCUGGCUGAUCGGUAUGGACGAACUAGACUGUACGGCAUCGAGCUCGUACUUGUCAUCGUCUCGACCAUAGGAGUUGCCACAAGUAGCUAUGGCUAUGGCGACAUGUCAUUCCUAGCUUUGUUCACCUGGUGGCGGUUUGUCAUGGGCGUUGGAAUCGGCGCUGAAUAUCCUCUCAGUGCUGUCAUCACCUCAGAAUGGUCUAGCACCUCGUCCCGGGCCACCAUGAUCUCCUCCGUCUUCAUGAUGCAGCCAGUCGGCCAGGCACUGGCCCAGCUCGUCGGUCUAUGGGUGGUAAUAGGGCAGAACAACCGGUACGACCUACAGGGCAUGCAGUGUGGGAUCAACGACAAGUACGAACACGAGUGCAAGCAGAUCAUCGACGGUAUCUGGAGGAUCGUCAUCGGGUCCGGCUGCGUCCCGGCUCUCCUGGCAAUCAUCUUCAGAUUCUUCUUGUACGACUGUGGUCUCUACAGCCUGGAGGUCAAGGCAAAACCUGGGACUGCCUUUCGUGAUACGCAGAGGGUAUAUGGUGUACCGCCUCCUGCUGUCAAUGUUGACAGCCCUUAUUCCCCUGGGGGCUUCCAGGCUCAGCCCUUCCAGUUCAUGCCGAUCCAGUUUUCCCGUGAGGACCUGUACAACUAUUUCAUCACCGAUGGUAACUGGUACUACCUAUUAGGAACCAGUGCAACAUGGUUCUUCUUGGAUGUCAGCUUCUACGGGUUUUCCCUCGACAAGGGCAGCACACUCGCGGAUCUUUGGGCGACGAGCCUCAAGCCGGCCGUCACACCCGACCUGUCUUGCUGGAACUCCACCCUCGACGGUGGGAAUUCCACAAUACCUCUAUGGAACGAGUACGGCAUACCAGCAUGGCAGACAGACUAUGCCAAGCCGUGCUCGACAAUCUACGACACACUUCUGGACCAGGCCAAGCAGUACCUCCUCACGGUGUCUAUUGCAUCAAUCGCCGGCACUGCAUGCUAUACCUUCGCGGCGAACCGCCUGCACCGCAGACACUUUCUGACCGCGUCGUUCCUGCUGCUGAUGGUCCUAUUUCUCAUCACUGGAGGGGUUUACUAUGGCGUCGCUCACACCUCUUCCGCCCCAGCGACAGUCGUCUGCGUCGCGAUCUGCCACUUCUUCUUCAACUUUGGCGCAAACACCCUGACUUUCAUAAUACCCGCGGAGAUUUUCCCAACCUCAUACCGCUGUACCUGCCACGGCAUCUCGGCCGCAGCAGGCAAGAUCGGGAGCAUGGUGGCGGUGCUGGUCGUCUACGGCAUCAACGCGGGCUACAAGUCGUCCACGCGUCAGGGUCUCAUCUUCCUGCUCUUCUCCCUCUUCAUGGCCAUGGGCGCCGUGUGCUCCUGGGUCUACCUGCCCGACAUCCAGCGGCGCGUGCUCGACCGCGAGACCGGCAAGCCCCUGCGCCUCGAAAACAAGAACCUCGAGGACCUCGGCGAGGGCCGCGAGCGCGCCAGGAGGGAUGGCGAGGUCGUCACCGUUGGGGAGAAGCUGCGCGAGCUGAGGAGACGGAGGCGCGGCGCGGGAUUCUCACUUGGCUCGGGCUCGGGCGGGCAGGAGGUGCGGGGGCAGGAUAUCGGGAUGAGAUGA